AUGGCGAGUCCUCCGGAGACCGACGGCUUCUCGGACGUGCGCAAGGUGGGCUACUUGCGCAAACCCAAGAGCAUGCACAAGCGCUUCUUCGUGUUGCGGGCAGCCAGCGAGGCAGGGGGCCCGGCGCGUCUCGAGUACUACGAGAACGAGAAGAAGUGGAGGCACAAGUCGAGCGCCCCCAAACGCUCGAUCCCCCUCGAGAGCUGCUUCAACAUCAACAAGCGGGCGGAUUCCAAGAACAAGCACCUGGUGGCUCUCUAUACCCGGGACGAGCAUUUCGCCAUUGCGGCCGACAGCGAGGCCGAACAGGACAGCUGGUACCAGGCCCUGCUGCAGCUGCACAACCGUGCCAAGGGCCACCACGAAGGGGCUGUGGCACCCGGGCUGGGAGGUGGCGGGGGCAGCUGCAGCGGCAGUGCCUGCCUGGGCGAGGCUGGGGAGGACUUGAGUUACGGGGACGUGCCCCCAGGCCCUGCCUUCAAGGAGGUCUGGCAGGUGAUCCUAAAGCCUAAAGGUCUGGGUCAGACAAAGAACCUGAUUGGCAUCUACCGCCUCUGUCUGACCAGCAAGACCCUCAGCUUCGUGAAGCUCAACUCGGAGGCGGCCGCCGUGGUGCUACAGCUGAUGAACAUCAGGCGCUGCGGCCACUCAGAGAACUUCUUCUUCAUCGAGGUGGGCCGCUCCGCUGUGACGGGACCCGGGGAGUUCUGGAUGCAGGUGGAUGACUCUGUGGUGGCCCAGAACAUGCAUGAGACCAUCCUGGAGGCCAUGCGGGCCAUGAGCGACGAGUUCCGCCCUCGCAGCAAGAGCCAGUCCUCCUCUAACUGUUCCAACCCCAUCAGCGUCCCCCUGCGAAGGCAUCACAUCAAUAACCCCCCACCCAGCCAGGUGGGACUGACCCGCCGCUCACGCACCGAGAGCAUCACAGCCACCUCCCCGGCCAGCAUGGUAGGUGGGAAGCCCGGCUCCUUCCGAGUUCGCGCCUCCAGUGACGGCGAAGGCACCAUGUCCCGGCCAGCUUCGGUGGAUGGCAGCCCCGUUAGUCCUAGCACCAACAGGACCCACGCCCACCGGCAUCGGGGAAGCUCUCGGCUGCACCCUCCGCUCAACCACAGUCGCUCCAUCCCCAUGCCUACUUCUCGCUGCUCACCUUCCGCCACCAGCCCGGUCAGCUUAUCUUCCAGCAGCACCAGUGGCCACGGCUCCACCUCGGACUGCCUCUUCCCGCGGCGGUCUAGUGCCUCUGUGUCCGGAUCCCCCAGUGAUGGUGGAUUCAUCUCUUCCGAUGAGUAUGGCUCCAGUCCUUGCGAUUUCCGUAGUUCCUUCCGCAGUGUCACCCCGGAUUCCCUGGGCCACACCCCACCUGCUCGCGGUGAGGAGGAGCUGAGCAACUACAUUUGCAUGGGUGGCAAGGGGGCCUCCACCCUGACUGCCCCCAACGGUCACUACAUCUUGACCCGGGGCGGCAAUGGCCACCGCUGCAUCCCAGCAGCAAGUUUGGGAACGAGCCCCGCCCUGCCGUCAGAGGAAACAGCUGGUGCUGCAGAUUUGGAGAAUCGCUUCCGAAAGAGGACUCACUCUGCGGGCACAUCCCCCACCAUUUCCCACCAGAAGACCCCGUCCCAGUCCUCAGUGGUGUCCAUAGAGGAGUAUACCGAGAUGAUGCCCGUCUACCCAACAGGAGGGGGCAGCGGAGGCCGACUGCCCAGCUACCGGCACUCCGCCUUCGUGCCCACGCACUCCUACCCCGAGGAGGGGCUGGAGAUGCAUCCCUUGGAGCAGCGUGGGGGUCACCACCGCCCAGACGCGUCCACCCUCCACACCGAUGAUGGCUACAUGCCCAUGUCCCCAGGGGUGGCCCCAGUGCCCAGCAACCAAAAGGUCAGUGGUGACUACAUGCCCAUGAGCCCCAAGAGUGUGUCUGCCCCACAGCAGAUCAUCAACCCCACCAGACGCCAUUCCCAGCGAGUGGACCCCAACGGCUACAUGAUGAUGUCCCCAAGUGGCAGCUGCUCGCCUGACAAUGGUGGUGGGCCCAGCGGAGGCGGCAACAGCCACAGUACUGCCCCUUCUGGAAACAGCUAUGGGAAGCUGUGGACAAAUGGGGUAGGGGGCCACCAUUCUCCUCACCCCAAACAGGCUGUAGAAAGCAGUGGUGGCAAGCUCCUGCCUUGCACAGGUGACUACAUGAACAUGUCACCUGCGGGAGACUCUAACACCAGUAGCCCUUCGGACUGCUCCUAUGGUCCCGAGGACCCCCAGCACAAGCCGCUCCUCUCCUAUUACUCAUUGCCAAGGUCCUUUAAGCACACCCAGCGCCCAGGGGAGCCAGAGGAAAGUGCCCGCCAUCAGCACCUCCGGCUCUCCUCCAGCUCUGGACGCCUUCUCUAUGCUGCAGCCCUGGAUGAUUCUUCGUCCUCCACCAGCAGUGAUAGCCUGGGAGGGGGGUACUGUGGGCCUCGGCCAGAGCCUGGACACCCACAUCUCCACCAUCAGGUCCUGCAACCCCAUCUGCCUCGAAAGGUGGACAUGGCCGCCCAGACCAACAGCCGCCUGGCUCGGCCCACGAGGCUGUCUCUAGGGGAUCCCAAAGCCAGCACCUUACCUCGGGCCCGUGAACAGCCUCAGCAGCCAUUGCUGCUUCAGCCUCAGGAGCCCAAGAGCCCAGGGGAAUAUGUGAAUAUUGAGUUUGGGAUUGAGCAGCCAGGCUACUUCUCUGGCCCUAUGGCUUCACACCACACCUCACCGUCCAUCAGGUGUCCAUCACAGCUCCAACCAGCACCCAGAGAGGAAGAGACUGGUACUGAAGAGUACAUGAACAUGGACCUGGGCCCUGGACGGAGGGCAGCCUGGCAGGAGAGUGUGGGGACAGAGAUGGACAGAGCAGGCCCGGCUCCACCUGGGACUGGGAAUGUGUGCAGGCCCACGCGGGCUGUACCUAGCAGCCGAGGAGACUACAUGACCAUGCAGGUGGGCUAUUCCCGGCAGAGUUAUGUGGACACCUCGCCAGUGGCCCCGGUCAGCUAUGCUGAUAUGCGGACAGGCGUUGUUGCAGAAGAUGUGAGUCUUCCUGUGGCCACAGCGGCUGCUCCCUCAUCCUCAGCAGCCUCGGCCUCCCCCACUGCACCUCAAGGAGCAGCUGAGCUGACUACUUGCCCUUCCCUGCUGGGGGGUCCACAGGGACCUGGGGGCAUGAGCGCCUUCACCCGGGUUAACCUCAGUCCCAACUGCAACCAGAGUGCCAAAGUGAUCCGUGCUGACCCGCAAGGCUGCCGGAGAAGGCACAGCUCUGAGACCUUCUCCUCAACACCCAGCGCCACCCGGGCAGGCAACAUGAUGCCCUUCGGAGGGGGCGCUACAGCAGGGGGGGCCGGCAGCAGUGCCAGCAGCAGUGAGGAUGUGAAACGCCACAGUUCUGCUUCCUUUGAGAAUGUGUGGCUGCGGCCGGGGGAGCUCGGGGGGACCCCUAAGGAGCUGGCCCAGGUGUGUGGGGCUGCUGGGGGCUUUGAGAAUGGUCUUAACUACAUAGACCUGGAUUUGGUCAAGGACUUUAAACAGCGCCCUCAGGAGCGUCCCCCUCCCCCGGAGCCCCCUGCCCCGCCUCCCCCUCACCAGCCCCUUGGCAGCAACCAGAGCAGCUUGACCCGCCGUUCCAGCGAGGAUUUAAGUGCUUAUGCCAGCAUCAGUUUCCAGAAGCAGCCAGAGGACCUCCAGUAG